AUGAACAGCGAUGAGAAGAAGCAGACGGCGGAGAGCGGAGACGAGUUGAAGAUUGACGGGUUGCCGAGGCUGACCCACGGAUGUGAGGAUCUUGCCCGCGCCCUUUCGAGUGAAGACAGAAGAAGCCAGUGGUACAACGCAGAUGCCAAUGCGCAGACGGACGAUACUCAGGGGAGGCACGACGAAGUCGACGUGAACCUGGAGGUCAACGAAGAGAUUAGCUGCGAAGUGCGCGAGCACCUAGUGGUCGAGCGGUUCCGCCGUGCCGGCGACAAGACGGAUAAGAAGAGGAAAACAGAAGAAUCGAGCAAUGGUGAGCACGAGAUCAUCACCGAGAAACAGUACCCCUAUGGCAGGAACGCCUACGAGAAGACAAGCGACCACGCCAAAGCGUGCUAG